AUGGCCACCGAGAGCAAGUCUCGUUCGAUGAAACCACCCGGCUUACAGUCUCGAGGUACUGCUUCGACGCAGCUGAUGCCUGGAAGUCUUGUCUCCCCGCCAUAUAAUUCUUGUGCUUGGUACGAAAAAGAAAAUUUAAGUCGUGCCCAAGCAGCACUGCACAUGUCCAACGAGAACCUUGCUUGCCGUCUUGCAAAGCUGAAGGUCAAUGCCGGUCGCCUCCAGCGCGAGCUCUUCCUCCUCCAGCGGCACAUCAAAGAAUUCCAAUGCCCUCUAUUCGAAACCUACGAGGCGGAUAUAUUGACUCGUCUCAUCGACGUUGUCCAUGCUCAUCAGGACAAAAAGAUGAUGGGAGGAACCGCCAUCAGCUCCGAGAGUAUCGCGGAGCGUGAGAUCAUCUCACGCGCGUAUAUCAAUGCCUCGAAGCAGGUUCAGGAGGAGACCAUAGAAAAGCUUGGUCUCUCAAGCCAGCACUAUCAGGCGAUCCGUCGGUACGAAGAGCAGGUCGCAGCAUAUCGCAGCCCAAAUCCAUUCCAAACCGAAGCGCCCUUUGCGAGAUGGCUGCUUGAGAAGAAGGACAUCCUACCGGGGAAGUAUGCCUUCUGGUCGAAGCUAUACCCCAUCUGCUACGGCCGCUCAGUUGAGCAGAGCUCUACCAUCCUUUGA